GCGGCACCCUUUCUCUUACUUGCUGUAGUCCCGGCUCGAGGGAACCUGUUUUCUGGCCCCGCUUUGCCCGCUCCGGUUUUGCCACGCCCCGAGUCUUCUGAAAUCUGACCCUCCCCGGGGUGCUGUGACCCGGAGAGAAGAAACCUUACUCGCUGCAGACUCGGGGCCCAGGCCGUGCCACACCCGCGGCGGGGCUACUGGAGCCACUCACGUCCCUGUGCCCUUGGGCCACUCUUUGACACCAGGGCCCUAUCUCUCUGUCCAACAGAACUCGCUGCAAAAAAAAACUUUCUGCAGAUGCCCAGCCUCCCAGGUACAUAAGCAAACAACAGGAAGGAAAGCCCAAGAACCUAUGCUCCAGCCGGCUUGGAAUCAUCUUGAACUAGGGAAAGGAAGGAGAGUAAACAGGUCACGGUCUGUGCUUGCUGCAGAAAUGCUUUCUGAACAGCCUGCAGCCCUGGGAGCAGGAUGGGAGUCAACAAAUGUACAUCUGGAUGGAGCAGAGCCCCAGAUGGAGAGAGGAAACCAGGAAGAGGGCCCAUGGAGAAGGGCACCAGGGCCGCUGGAGCACCUUCGCUGUGACCUUGAAGAGGAGCCACUGUCCCUUCAGGAGAAGUCUCAGGCUGAACCCUGGGCUCCUGCAGUUCCCCAGGAGGGCAACACUGCAGACUGGGAAAUGGCAGCCGCACUUCUUGCAGCCGGAUCUCAGGAGGAGUGGCGGAGCCUGGAUCCCUCACAGACAGACUUUUAUGGAGAAUAUGUCAUGCAGGAGAACUGUGGGAUUGUCGUCUCUCUGAGGUUUCCGAUUCCCAAACUGGACAUGCUUUCUCAGCUAGAGGGAGGAGAAGAACAGUGGGUACCUGACCCCCAGGACUUAGAAGGGAGAGAUAUCCUGAAGGUCACAUAUACAGGAGAUGGAAGCGAACAUGAAGGUGACACUCCUGAACUAGAGGCAGAACCUCCCAGGAUGUUAUCCAGUGUAUCUGAAGAUACUGUUCCCUGGAAUCCAGGGCAGGCUCGGAGCUGGGAGUCCAUGCCUAGGGGCUCCAGAGAAAGGCUCCUAAGCCCACCCUUUCUUCGGGAAGACAGCUUCUCAAGCCUUCUAGGUAGUGCUGAGAUGGAGUCUCUCUUAAAACCCCAUACGUGCCCUCAGUGUGGGAAACAGUUUGUGUGGGGCUCCCAUCUCGCCAGGCAUCAGCAAACACACACUGGGGAGAGGCCCUACAGCUGCCUCAAGUGUGAGAAAAGCUUCGGGCGAAGGCAUCACCUGAUUAGGCACCAGAAAACCCAUCUACGUGACAAGCCAAGCAGGUGUUCUGAGUGUGGCAAGAAUUUUCGAUGCAACUCCCAUCUGGCUAGCCACCAGAGAGUACACGCGGAGGGCAGGUCCUACAAGGGCCAAGAGAUCGGAGAGAGUCCCGGAGCUGGGAAACAGCAGCAUGCCCCACCGGUGCCAAAGUGCCAUGUGUGCACUGAAUGCGGGAAGAGCUUUGGCCGAAGGCACCACCUCGUGAGACACUGGCUGACUCAUACAGGGGAGAAGCCCUUCCAUUGCCCUCGCUGUGAGAAGAGCUUUGGCCGCAAGCACCACCUGGGCAGGCACCUGCUGACCCACCAGGGACAGAGUCCUGGGAGCAGCUGGGACAGAGGGACAUCUGCCUUUUGAAAUCUGUCUCUUCCGUGGCUAUGGCCAAAUCUCUCAGCCGGUGCUCUCAGCAGCCACUGCCAGAGCUGCCCUUCUCCUGGACCCUGAUGGCCAGAGCAUUUCUUACCAGUUCGUACAAAACGGAGUUCUUUGGGCAAAAUUUUGGGAAACAGUGCAAAAUCUGUGUGUGAUUAUUCAGCUUGAACCCACUGUCAAGAAAACAGUGGAACCAUUAGUGAUGGGUGAUUCGUUCUCAUUGGUUGGAGUCUUUGUUGGAGUCUAAAUAUUUAUAUAUCACCCUUGUGUGCCAAUUAUAUCCCCUCUUCAAAGAGAGGGAAAGAGGCCAUGUCAGUAUAUCAAGGGCCCUUAGAACUUCUGCAGUCAAAUUAGUGUCUACUAAUACAAUGUUUCCUAAAUUUA